AUGGCCGAGGUAGCAGAUUUGAAAAAGAAACGCACGAUUUUAAAAUCAAAGGCAACGCGGUUUAAGAAUUUUAUUGAGGGAUAUGAAGCGUCGGAAGAGACCAUUUUUGAAUUAGAAACGCGCAUAGAUAAAUUAGACUUAUUAUGGUCGGAAUAUAGCAAUAUCCAGGAUGAUAUUGAUGCAUAUUUGCCUCUUCCCGAAAACACAGAACGAGAACAGUUCGAGAAUGCUUUCUUUCAGACGCAGAGUAUCGCUAAACGAAAAAGGGCUCAAUUUUACGAGAGUAGACGAAGUGUAGUGAGUAGGCCAGAAUCAGCCAUGACAGUAAAUACAGUCGGUGGGGGAAUAUCACAGGCGCGAUUACCCAUAAUCACUCUCCCCACUUUUGAUGGGAGUUACGAAAAAUGGCAGGGGUUUUAUGACACAUUCCUCGCAGUGGUAGAUAGAAACGUAGCAUUGGACGCAAUAACUAAAUUUCAUUACUUACAAUCGGCAUUAACAGGCUCAGCGAAAGAAUAUAUUGAUUCAUUUGAGGUUACUGAACAAAAUUAUCCAAUUGUCUUAGAAUUAUUAAAGAAACGUUAUCAUAAUUCGCGUUUAAUAAUUAAUUACCAUGUAAAACAAUUAUUCGAGCUCCCAAUGGUUACAAGAGAAUCGGCUACCUCGUUGCGUGUUUUGGCGGAUGGUUUGCAGAAACACACUAGAAUCUUGGAACAGUUAAAAGAGCCGGUGGACACGUGGGACACUUUGUUGUUGUAUUUAGCUUCUACCAGAUUAGAUAAUACGACUAAGCGAGAGUGGGAACUUAAAACUUUAUCGGAAAGGGUAUCAAAACUUAAGGAUUUCAUUGCAUUUUUAGAAUUAAAGUGUCAAAUGUUAGAAGUCAUUACACCGCAAGGGGUUAGUUCAAAUUCGAAUUUUAAAAUGGUUUCUUCUCAGGGUAUGAAGCGAGAUAACAAGGUAUUAGCUCAUUUGUCCACGGGUGAUUCGUCAUUUGUCUGUGUCAUUUGUAGACAGGAUCAUAGAAUUUAUUCAUGUUCAGUUUUUCGGAAUUUGUCAAUUGAUGAUAGACGUGAAAAAGUGAAGGCACUCGAAUUAUGUUUCAAUUGCUUAGGUGUAAAACACACAGCGCGUGAAUGUAAAUCAAAUAAAGGUUGUAGAAUUUGUAACUCGUCACAUCACUCAUUAUUGCAUAAAGAAAAGGAUUCAACAGUCAAAGCGACAAAUAGUUAUCAUAUUGGUAAAAUAAACGAGACUCAAUGCAUAACCAAUGCCAAUCACGAGGAAACACCAACCAUGUCUGUAAAUAUGUUUUCGAAUAAAAAUACAAACGAGAAGAUUUUGUCUACUGCGGUGAUUUAUGUUAAGGAUAAUUUGGGUCAGUUAGUUAGGGCGCGAGCUUUAUUGGACAAUGGUUCAAUGGCUAAUUUCAUGACUGAAGAACUUUGUAAAAAAUUAAAUCUAAAGAAAAAAAAUAUCAUGCAUGCUGUAUCGGGAAUAAACUUAACGCAAACAUCAGUAAUGUCAUGUACGUUGACUACCAUUGUAUCAAUUAAGACCGAUUAUAGGGUCCGUGCUGAAUUUCUUGUCACGAAUAAUAUUUCGCAUUGUAUACCAACAACAAAAAUAAGUUUAGACAGAUUAUCAAUUCCUGAGCAUGUGAAACUUGCAGAUCCUAAUUUCCAUGAUCCUCAACCGAUUGAUCUUCUUUUAGGCACUGCCAUAUUUUGGGAUUCAAUGGAGGCACAGCAAAUUAGACCGGGUCAAGGUCAUCCCGUACUUCAGUUGACCAAAUUCGGGUGGAUCUUAGGUGGAUAUUUGACAUUUCCUGAGGCACAUAAUCAAAAACAAACGACAACUCUUUUCUGUGGACUCUCAACUGACAAAAAUUUGGAUGAUCAUAUGAAGAGGUUUUGGGAAAUCAAUGAGAUUCCAGUUGCUCGCAUUAAAUCUGCGGAGGAAUUGGAGUGCGAAAGCAAUUUCUCUGAAACAUUCAGGCGUGCAGAAGACGGCAGAUUUGAGGUUAGCUUACCAUUGAAGAAGGAUGUAAGAUCAUUAGGUGAAUCUAGGUCGGGAGCUGAGAAACGACUAUUGUCCAUGGAGAGGCGUUUUCGAAAGGAUCAAAACAUAAAGUUGAGGUAUCAAGAAUAUAUGGAUGAGUUUCUUGAGUUGGGUCAUAUGACUCGAAUAUUGGAUCAGGAGACUGGUUUCAUGAACUAUUUACCGCACCAUGCAGUCAUUAAAGAAUCCAGUACUACUACCAAGGUCAGAGUGGUGUUGGAUGGUUCAUUCAGGACAACAUCGGGAAUCUCAUUGAAUGAUUGUGUAAUGGUUGGUCCAGUUGUUCAGCAGGAAUUGUUUUUGAUCAUUCUUCGAUUCAGACAACACAAAUUCGUGGUCACUGGUGAUAUAGUCAAGAUGUAUCGCCAGAUUUGGGUCAAGCCAGAGCAUAGGAAUCUGCAGUGCAUUUUAUGGCGGAAGGAUCCAGAUCAAUCCAUGAUAACAUACCAACUUAACACCGUGACAUUUGGAGUAGCGUCGUCUCCUUAUCUGGCCACAAGGUGUUUGCUUCAGCUGUCAGAGGAAUGUAGAAACACACAUCCACUUGCCUCACGAGUUAUUAGAGAGGAUUUUUAUGUGGAUGACAUGCUCUCUGGGGGAGAAACUGAAGAAGAAAUUGACGCUAUUGUGGAUGAAGUCAAGGCGGUAUUACAAUCUGCUGGUUUCGAACUACAGAAAAUUUAUUCAAACAAAAUUGAGAAGGACAUGGAAGUCAGAAAUCAUGAUCUUACCGAAAUCAAGACUCUUGGUUUAAAGUGGCAAACUGAAGGCGAUUAUCUAACAUAUGAAUCAAAUUACGAAUGUGAAGAAAAAAUUGUCACAAAAAGGAUGAUUCUAUCAGUCAUAGCGCAGGUUUUCGAUCCUUUGGGGUUAAUAGGACCAUUUGUCGUUCGAUCGAAAAUACUGCUUCAAGGUCUAUGGAAACUUAAAAUAGGAUGGGAUGUUCCCAUUCCCACUGAGGUAGCAAAACAAUGGAUCUUAUAUUGUGAGCAGCUAAAACAAAUUAAAAAAAUUAAAAUUCCACGGCAUGUUUUGGUGCAAUCACCACAGGAAAUCGAGUUACAUGGAUUCUGUGAUUCAUCCCAGGUAGCAUAUGGUGCUUGCAUAUACUUGAGGUCGAUUAGCAAUGACGGAUCAGUGAUGGUGCGACUUGUCGCUGCAAGAUCAAGGGUUUCUCCAAUGAAGACGGUGAGUUUGCCGAGGCUGGAGUUGUGUGGAGCCGUAUUACUAGCUGAUCUUCAUCACAAGGUCAAGGAAUCAUUGACGGUAAAAAUAAAGGAUUCUUGGUUUUGGAGUGAUUCGAUGGUGGCUUUGUCCUGGAUCAAGGCAGACCCGUCAAGGUGGCACAUCUUCGUUGGCAAUAGGGUCACUGAAAUACAGCAAUGGACAUCACCAGAACAGUGGAAUCAUGUGCGCACAGAUCAGAAUCCUGCUGAUCUGAUCUCGAGAGGAAUGGAACUUGAUGAUCUGGAAAGGUCAAGUCUCUGGUGGAAUGGGCCGUCGUGGUUGAGUGGAAUCAAGGAUGAUUGGCCGCAUGAGGAAAUCGCUGUCAAAGAGAUACCGGAAGAAAAAAAGGCUGCUCUUACAUUUAUCGCAGUGGAGAGAGAUUUUUCGAUUUUUCGUAGAUAUUCAUCAUGGAAUAGGUUGUGUCGAAUCACAGCAUAUUGUUUAAGAUUUUCGGAUAAUUUAAAGAGAAAGAGGGAUGGUUUCCCACUUAUCAAGGAUCAUUUAUCUGCGGAAGAAUUGGAAGGGGCUCGCAUUUCGUUGCUUAAGUUGCAUCAGGAGGAGGAAUUUUCAAGAGAGUUGGCUGAUCUUCGUCAUAAUAGACCGAUCAAUUCUUCAAGCAAGAUUCUUACCUAUAAUCCCUUUUUGGAUGAUCAAGGAUUGAUGAGAGUUGGGGGAAGAUUAGUCAAUGCUCCAAUUUCAUAUUCCCAAAAGUUUCCUAUUAUCCUAUCAACUAAACACAUGCUUACGGUAUUGAUAAUUAGAAAUAUGCAUUAUAAAAAUCUACAUGCAGGUGCGCAGUUUUUGAAAGGUGUUCUACGAGAAAUGUAUUGGAUUAUUUCAGCGAAUUGUGCAAUACGUCGUGUACUUCGAAGGUGUGUUUUGUGUUUUCGAUUGCGAUCAAGAAGUCCAACUCAAUUGAUGGGUAAUUUGCCUGCCGAGCGUGUCACUUCGUCACGAGCUUUUGCUCACACAGGAUUAGACUAUGCAGGUCCAUUUAAAAUUAAAUUGUCUCGAAAUGUUACAGGAAAAGCAUAUUUGUGUGUAUUUGUGUGUAUGGCAACGAAAGCUGUGCAUCUGGAAUUGGCUUCUGAUUUGUCAACAAACACUUUUCUGAAUGCUCUUAAGCGAUUCAUAGCUCGCCGCGGUAAAUGUCUAUCUAUACAAUCGGAUAAUGGUCUAAAUUUUAUUGGAGCAAAAAAUGAACUUCAAGAUAUAAUAAGGAGUUUGUUGAAUGAAUCUGAGAGCAAGGCUAAGAUUUCGGAAUUCGUUGCCGAGAACUCGAUUUCGUGGAAGUGUAUUCCGCCGUAUUCUCCUCAUAUGGGAGGUUUGUGGGAAGCAUGUGUGAAAUCUGCGAAAUCGCAUUUGAGAACAGUGCUGAAUGACACACCGUUGACCUUUGAGGAGUUUUAUACUUUACUCACGCAAGUUGAGUCAAUAAUGAAUUCGCGUCCGCUUUGUUCCCAGUCAACAGAUCCGUAUGAUUUGACUCCACUUACGCCUGGUCAUUUUUUGAUCGGGUCUUCAUUUACUUCAAUCUUAGAAAAAAAUCAUUUAGAUAUUCAGUUAAAUCGUUUAAAUCGUUUUCAGCUCUUAUGUCAGAUGCAGCAGUCAUUCUGGAAGCGGUGGUCAUGCGAGUAUUUGACUCAAAUGCAGUCUCGCUUUAAGUGGAAGAGAGAGGUUGAAAAUGUUAAAAUUGGGCAAAUGAUCGUUAUCAGGGACGAUAAUGCGCCGCCAUUGCGUUGGCGAUUAGGCAGAAUAGUGGAGUUGCAUUCGGGUAAUGAUGGAAGAGUAAGAGUGGUGAGUGCAAGAACGUCAUUGGGUAUUGUUAAGCGAGCGUUGCCUAAAAUUUGUGUACUUCCAAUUGACGAUGAAAAUGAUUGA